AUAACUGUUAGUUAUGACAACUAGACCUUUGUCGUCGUGACCUAUCGCUAUAGGUUUUGAAGGGUCUCCACUUUAUUGUAAUAUCCCAAAUUUUCGGGAAUUUUAGCAUUUAAGUAAGGGUUUUUGUGAGAGAAAAUAUUGUUUUGGGGCUUAAUAAUCGAAAAUUCAAAAGUUGAGGGAUUUAAAAGAGAAAAGGAUUUGGAUAAGGAUCCACUAUAUUUUUUCCUUCUUUCUUUCUUCCUCAUCCCGUAUGCUUCUGCUCUUCCCGACCCCCCUGCAGCCGAACAAGAAGCAAACUGCCGGCAGCACCCAUCCCUUCAAAAACCGAAAUUUUCAGAUUUACUGCUGCUUUCUCCCCCCUUUGCCGUCGGUUGCUGCUGUGGGUAGUGGGUUCGGUUUUUCUGUUUGUGUGAUUGGCCUCCAGGAUCCCGUCGGCUUCCUCACCAGCCAAGCUCGAUUUCUGCUGGCUGAAAUUCUGGUUUUUGAGUGUUCUGUCACCCGAGUACUUGGCUUGAGUUUCAGAUUUGAGGGUCAUGUUAUUCGUGUGCCCGCUAGUGGGAGGUUUAUAAACACUAGCACAUGUCGACAUGCUACUGAUAGAACCGUUUUUCCUUGUCCACCAUUUCAAGAAGCAAAGUCAAGGACGGGGAAAAACGAGGGGAACAACGAGUUAGAAGGCUAGCCAUCUUGUAAAUUGAACAUAGAUUUUAGAUAUAUAAAUCAUGAUCUUAUAAGCUAGACUUUAUUUGGAGACUUUAUGAUAUCAGGGCGAAUUUUAUAAUUUUAUCUUUAGAUUUUGUGGUACCAGAUUGUGGUAUGAUAAGUUCCGAGCCUUGUGCAUUGUGUGACCCUCUCACAAGUGUACGGCAUCUACCACAUUCCCGAAUUUGGGUUCUGGGGUGUGACAGAUUUUGUGGUAUCAGAGCUUAGAUUGAAAUUAAGAGCUUAGGAUUAAAUUAAGCACCUCCAGAUUGAGUGGUAUUAGAACAGAUUGAGUGGCAUUAGAGCUUAGGUUUAAUUAGAUUUUGUGCUAUAUCUAGGAUUUGUUUAGAACUUGGCUGGCCAGGGGAUUUUAGAACCGUGGUGAGAUGAGUGAUGGGGUUAUAUAAAGGACGAUUCUAAUUCAUGUUGCCUAUAUUUUCUAAUCCAUUUUGAUGAGAUGGUAAUCUAAUUGUUCUUGUUUCCUGUCUUCAUACCCUGUGUAGAUUCAUGAAAUUAAUCUUGUCCGCCAUGUUCUUAAGACCUUGUUUUGAAACUUGGUCGUUUUCUGAUAGUCUGCACUUGUUUAUACUUGUUACUUGAAUAGAAUUUUUGUAUUCUCUUUUGCCACAAUUGUAAAAUCUAGGGAGUUGCAAAGAUCAUUUGUUAUUGAUCCAGUUAGUCUCUACAACAUAGUUGGUUGAGAAAUUUGUUCUAUUUGUUACAUGACUAGUGGAAGAUGCGCAACCCUCUACUUUGUAAGAGAUUCAAGGCUAUUUUAGUAAAUGUUGUGUGUUUUU